UGUCGCCCAGGCUGGCGUGUACUGGCACGCUCUGGGCUCCCUGCAGCCUCAAACUCCUGGGCUCAAGUGAUCCUCCAGCCUCAGCCUCCAGAAUAACUGGGAUUAUAGAAUUGAUUACCUGAAGAAAUGGAUACUUCUCCCUCUAGAAAAUAUCCAGCUAAAAAACGGGUGAAAAUACAUCCCAACACAGUGAUGGUAAAAUAUACUUCUCACUAUCCCCAGCCUGGGGAUGAUGGAUAUGAAGAAAUCAAUGAAGACUAUGGAAGUUUUAUGGAAGAAAAUCCAAAGAAAGGUCUGCUGAGUGAAAUGAAAAGAAAAGGAAGAACUUUCUUUGGAACCAUGGACGCCCGACCUCCACCAACAGAAGACCCAAUGACCAACGAGAUCGGACAGUUCCAGAGCUUUGCAGAAAAAAAUAUUUUCCAAUCCCGAAAGAUGUGGAUAGUGCUGCUUGGGUCUGCUUUGGCUCACGGAUGUGUAGCUCUCAUCACUAGGCUGGCUUCAGAUCGUUCUAAAGUUCCAUCUCUAGAACUGAUUUUUAUCCGUUCUGUUUUGCAGGUCUUGUCUGUGUUAGUUGUGUGUUACUACCACGAGGCCCCCUUUGGACCCAGCGGAUACAGAUUACGACUCUUCUUUUAUGGUGUGUGCAACGUCAUUUCUAUCACCUGUGCUUACACGUCAUUUUCAAUAGUUCCUCCUAGCAAUGGGACCACUAUGUGGAGGGCCACAACCACAGUCUUCAGUGCUGUUUUGGCUUUUUUACUUGUCGACGAGAAAAUGGCUUAUGUGGACAUGGCCACAGUUGUUUGCAGCAUCUUAGGUGUUUGCCUUGUCAUGAUCCCCAACAUUGUGGAUGAAGACAAUUCUUUGUUAAAUGCCUGGAAAGAAGCCUUUGGGUACACUAUGACCGUGAUGGCUGGGCUGACCACUGCGCUUUCUAUGAUAGUAUACAGAUCCAUCAGGGAGAAGAUCAGCAUGUGGACUGCCCUGUUUACCUUUGGUUGGACUGGGACAGUCUGGGGACUAUCUACUAUGUUCGUUCUUCAGGAACCCAUCAUCCCAUUAGAUGGCGAAACCUGGAGUUAUCUGAUUGCUAUAUGUGUCUGCUCUACUGCAGCAUUCUUAGGAGUUUAUUAUGCCCUGGACAAAUUCCACCCAGCUUUGGUUAGCACAGUGCAACACUUGGAGAUUGUGGUAGCUAUGGUCUUGCAGCUUCUAGUGUUACACAUAUUUCCUAGUGUCUAUGAUGUCUUUGGAGGAGUGAUCAUUAUGAUGAGUGUUUUUGUCCUUGCUGGCUAUAAACUCUACUGGAGGAAUUUAAGAAGGCAGGACUACCAGGAAAUACUAGACUCUCCCAUUAAAUGAAUACCCAUUAUUAUCUUGUUAAUGUUCGUUUAUUAAUAUAGACACUGCCAUUUUAAUGUUUACCUAUAAAUGUCUUUUGUGUUGUAUGACUGACAGAGUGCUAAAUAAUAUAUAAUAUAUACAGAAAAAUUAUUCUAGUCUAAUAUAUUUAAAUAUAAACAUUAAAUAUGUGAAAUAUGUCAUG